GGAUUCAGGUUGUAUGCAUUCCCAAGUUGAUAUCAAUCCGAGAGAUAAAGCGGCUUUUAAAGUAGAAGGAAUUUUUAAAAAUCUACCAAGUAAAUUACAAACAAGAAUAUCCCCUCCUAGAUCGCAAAAAAAUGCAGAAGGAAAGAGAUCAGAUGACGAAUAUAAAAGGAAAUAUGGCGGUAGUAGGUCUGAAGAUAGAGAUUCGAAACGCCUUGAUACAGAACGUGAUAGAUAUUAUAGAGAAACAGAACGUGAUAAAAGGAGGCGGGAACAUACAGAAAACAGAGACAGGCGAAGAUCACCCCUGAGCAAUUAUUCUAGAAGAAGUCGUUCGCCCCAUUUUUCUAAAAAACGAUCUUCUCGAAGUCGCAGUCCUUACCAUUCCACGAAACACAACAGUAGAUCACCCUCCUCAAAACGCUAUAGUCGGUCUCCUCCACGAAGUCCCAAUUCCUCCCGAAAAAAAUACAGCAGAUCUCCCGAAAGACGUAAAGAUGACAAAAGUUACCGAAGAUCUCCUUAUAUGGGACCCCCAGAAAGAUCUCCAAACCGAAGAUCACCCUAUCGCAGACGUUCACCUUAUAGGCGCACCCCAGAAAGAAGGUCACCUUAUAGAAGACCCAGAGAAAGAUCGCCGUAUAGAAGUCGCAGUUCUCCACACAAAGAUGACAAGGAGAAGAGAUAUACACCAGGGAGAGGGUAUAAGGGAUCACAAGAAAGAAAUUCACCACCUAGAUCAGACAAGAAAGAAUUAUUUCUAAAGAAUAGUCAAUUAAUAGAAGAAGAGGAAGGGUAUAUGUUGCCUGAGUACGAAUAUAUAGAAGGACAACAUGUUUGGUUUCCGGGUCCUAUGCCUUAUCCGCCUUUCGGAAUGAGACAGUCCAUACCGUACCCCCGUUUUCGAUAUCCAAUGAUUCGGCCUUUCUCUGUUCCUAUUCCGCCUGUAACACCCUAUUUUAGGCCCCGAUUGCCCAGAUAUAAUAAUCGAUCAAUUCCAUCAAAAACCGCUACUACUAGCACCGUAACAAGUGCUACAGCUGCACCAAAUGCAACGUCCACAAUCCUAGAAAAUGUGAAUGAAUCCCAAGCAAGCAACUUAUCAAGUGGUACCCCUCCAGCGUCAGCUUCGGGUGAAAAUUUAGGGAAUACUGGAGAAAGUUCUCGUCCAUCUGACAAUGUGGAUUCGACAGUUACUAAUCCUAAAGAAGCUUCAGUUGAUUUAGUGGAAAAACCGGAUUCGAAUAAUUCAUAAAUCAUAUAUUCAUUUUUUUUUUGUAAUAAUAACUUAAUAACUACUGAAAAAUAAA